GUGGACUGCGCAAACGAGAGAGGCGUAAACUCUCCGAAGUCUCAAACUCAAGAUCGUCAUCACCACCACCACCUCCACUCUCUAAUUUCCAGAAAGGGAAGAGAGAAAUAAGGGGGGAAAGAAUGCAGAGGUUGAGGAGAACUUCGCAGCUCCUUCUCAGAUGCCGAUCAUCAGCCUCAGGCUUAUUUUAUGGACAUCAAAGAACUCCUUAUGACUCUAUCAAGCGACCUUAUUGGGAGAAUAAUCACUUGGCAUUUUACUAUACAACGAGCAACCACAUGGGAGCUGUUCAAGCUUCCGUAAAUGUGGGUCUCCACACAAGUCACAAAAUCCCGCGGAGGUCAUUUAGUUCUGCUUCCACAAGUAUACAAAGGAGUCCUUUAUUUUCAACGUUAAAUUCUGAUGAUGUCUCUUAUUUCAAAGAAAUAUUGGGCGACAAAACUGUUAUUCAAGAAGAGGAUAGGUUGCUAGCUGCAAAUGUGGAUUGGAUGGGGAAAUAUAAAGGUUCCAGCCAGCUUUUGCUCUUACCAAAAAGCACAGAAGAGGUGUCUAAAAUUCUCCAGUACUGUAACUCCAGGCGCCUGGCUGUUGUCCCACAAGGAGGUAACACUGGUCUUGUAGGAGGCAGUGUGCCUGUCUAUGAUGAGGUAAUCAUCAAUGUUGGUUCAAUGGACAAGAUAAUUUCCCUUGACAAGGUCAGUGGUAUACUAAUCUGUGAAGCUGGAUGCAUAUUGGAUAACUUAAAUACAUUUUUAGCAAAUGAAGGGUUCGUAAUGCCCCUUGAUUUGGGAGCGAAAGGAAGCUGUCAAAUUGGUGGAAACAUAUCAACAAAUGCGGGAGGCUUGCACUUUAUACGCUAUGGUUCACUUCAUGGAAAUAUUCUUGGCCUCGAAGUUGUCCUAGCUGAUGGAACCAUUCUUGACAUGCUUACAACUUUACGCAAAGACAAUACAGGAUACGACUUGAAGCACUUAUUCAUUGGAAGUGAAGGUACAUUGGGGAUUGUCACGAAGGUCUCAAUACUCACCCCUCCUAAGCUAGUAUCAACUAACGUUGCGUUUCUUGCUUGUGAAGACUUUACAAGUUGUCAGAAAUUACUUUUGGAAGCCAAGAGAGGCCUAGGCGAUGUCAUUUCUGCAUUCGAAUUUAUGGAUAGCCAUUCAAUGGACAUGGUUUUAGGUCAUGUAGAAGGUGUCCGUAACCCUUUACCUCCAUCGCUGCACAAUUUUUAUGUUCUUAUUGAGACAACCGGCAGUGAUGAAUCAUAUGACAAGUAA